GGAGAGCGGCGAUGGCGGAUUCAGACCAGAAAAGAGCGACGGCGGAGGAGGCGGUGCUCCGGUACUUGGAGAACCACGAAGAAAUUGCCGACUCGCUGCUCUUUUCUGCCGACGUCAAGCUCAACCACGACGACAUCGCCAACGCGAUUAAGAGUCUCACCGGUCACAAAUACGUUGACUCUCGGGAGGUUACAAAAGAGACGUGGUUGCUCACUGAGGAAGGAAAGACUUAUGCGGUUCAGGGAUCACCAGAAAUGCAGCUCUUCCUGUCCAUACCACUGGAGGGGAUUACAAAAGACGAAUUGCAGAAAAAGUUUGAUCCAUCAAGUUUCAAGAUAGCUUGCGCGCAGGCCGCAAAGAAUAGAUGGGUAGACUUCGGAAAGCAACUUGUGACCAGGAAGAUCCAGCAUGUGGACAAUGACAAGGUCCAAACUUUGCUUCUCCAGAUACAAGACGCUAAGGACUUAUGCCAAGAUGACAUCAAGGCUCUCACAAAAAGAAAGCUGAUUACUUUACAUGUGAAGAAGGGCUUCUCAGUGAUAAAAGGUCUCAACUAUGCUCCUGAGAGAAAGAAGGUUGCUACCGAUUUGACUCGGGAUAUGCUGCAGAGUGGAGAUUGGAACAAUAUGGAGUUCAAAGACUUUAACUUGAAGGCUAAAGGUGCACCUACUGAACGUGGUUGUCUUCAUCCACUGCUCAAGGUACGGAAGCAAUUGAAGGAUAUUUUCCUACAAAUGGGGUUUGCCGAGAUGCCCACUAAUAACUAUGUCGAGAGCAGUUUCUGGAAUUUUGAUGCACUUUUCCAGCCUCAACAACAUCCUGCUCGUGAUUCACAUGAUACAUUCUUCCUUAAAGUUCCUUCAACUACCAAGGAACUCCCUGAAGAUUAUGUUGAGAGGGUGAAGCGUAUUCAUGAGUCCGGUGGUCAUCAGUCCAGGGGUUAUGGGUAUGAUUGGAAAAGAGAGGAAGCUGAUAAGAAUCUUCUGCGAACUCACACAACAGCCGUUUCCUCCAGGAUGCUCUACUCGCUAGCCCAGGAUUGUGCAGAGAAACCUUUCACUCCCAGGAAGUACUUUUCGAUAGAUCGCGUUUUCAGAAAUGAAGCAGUAGAUCGAACACAUCUGGCAGAGUUCCACCAAAUAGAAGGUUUGAUAUGUGAUCGAGGCCUCACUCUGGGUGACCUGAUAGGAGUGCUCAAAGACUUCUUCUCACGGCUGGGCAUGUCUGAUCUGAAGUUCAAGCCAGCUUACAAUCCUUAUACUGAGCCUAGCAUGGAGAUUUUCGGUUACCAUAAAGGCUUUGGCAAGUAUGUGGAGAUCGGAAAUUCUGGUAUGUUCAGACCUGAGAUGUUGCUUCCUAUGGGGCUCCCAGAAGAUGUCACUGUUAUUGCUUGGGGCCUCUCCCUGGAAAGACCGACCAUGAUACUCUACGGCAUUGACAACAUUCGAGAUCUUUUUGGGCACAAGGUUGAUCUAGGUCUCAUGAAGAAAAACCCACUAUGUCGGAUUGGAUUGUAAAACGAUUCAGAAAUGCUUGCUAAGUAGCCAUGGCACAAUGAAUUUCUGUAACCAUUUGAAAUUUGUGUUAUUGUAUUAAUUUUGAUGAAAACAAUACCAGAGUUAUCCAUUUAACCUGAUUGAGUUAAUUGGGAACAAAAAAGAACUACAUAGGGGUUUGUGGU